UGCUCGAGGUAGUGACGUGAACAUCAAAGAAGAGGGACAAGGUGUAUCAGUCCACCGCUUACACGCUGUGCCGUGUGUGCAAGCUCGAACCUAAACCUUAAUGCCGAUUGUGCUGUUCGUAGCAUUAAUAGGUUCGGUUGUCGAUUUGCAACUCGACAAUUGUAUUUUAAGACGAGCAUCUUUAUCGUAGGCUCUGACAAUGGAUAAACCAGCGAGUAUGGCUUCGACUAAGGUCGACUGGGGACAAUAUGCCGACGAACAGGACAAAUUAGCAUCUAAGGUGACAAAUUUAAAUUUGGACAAACCGAACUCCGUGAAAGACGGAGAUUCCAAGAGCGACGACGGAUCGGAGGAACAGAUAUCUUUGGCGGAGAAAUCUCUCCUGCAGAAGAUAAUCAGGAAAGGAUUAGUCGAGACGACGAAGGAUGUGGAAAUUCAGAGGAAGGAUCCGAAUUCUCCUUUAUACAGCGUUAAGUCGUUUGAUGCGCUCCACCUUAAACCUGCAUUACUGAGAGGAGUAUAUGCUAUGGGCUUUAAUGCUCCUUCAAGGAUUCAGGAAACCGCUUUGCCUACUUUACUCGCUGACCCGCCGCAAAAUAUGAUAGCGCAAUCUCAGUCUGGUACUGGUAAGACUGCGGCAUUUGUACUGGCUAUGUUGAGCCGAGUGGACACGACAAAGGAUUACCCGCAAGUGCUUUGUUUAUCGCCGACUUACGAACUAGCGAUCCAAACUGGCGAAGUAGCAGCGAAGAUGUCGCGCUACUGUCCCGAAAUAAAAAUAAAAUACGCCGUGAGGGGAGAAGAAAUAAGCCGUGGAUCAAAGAUCACCGAGCACAUCAUCAUAGGAACUCCGGGCAAAGUGACAGAUUGGGGACAGAAAUUUAAGUUCUUCGAUCUCAGCAAGAUAUCGGUGUUCGUGUUGGAUGAGGCCGAUGUCAUGAUCGCUACGCAGGGCCACCAGGAUCAGUGUAUUCGCAUUCACAAAAUGUUACCACGCACGUGUCAGAUGAUGUUCUUCUCGGCAACGUACGAGCCCGAGGUGAUGAACUUCGCGGAGAUCAUAGUCAGUAAUCCGUUGAUAAUACGAUUACUAAGGGAGGAAGAGAGUUUAGACAACAUCAAGCAGUACUACAUCAAGUGUAAAAAUGUCGACGAGAAAUACACCGCGAUUACGAACAUCUACGGCGUAAUCACGAUCGGGCAAGCGAUUAUUUUCUGUCACACGAAGAAGACGGCCAGUUGGUUGGCAGAAAAAAUGACGAAGGAUGGGCAUGCGGUGGCGAUACUCUCUGGCGACUUGACAGUGGAACAAAGAAUUUCCGUACUGGAUAGAUUUAGAGCGGGACUCGAGAAAGUCCUCAUCACUACGAACGUUUUAGCCAGAGGUAUCGACGUAGAACAGGUUACGAUAGUGGUGAAUUUCGACCUGCCAAUGGACCAGAAACGACAGGCCGACUGUGAGACAUAUCUGCACAGAAUCGGACGAACUGGACGAUUUGGCAAGUCGGGCAUUGCUAUUAACCUAAUCGACUCGCCGCAUGCGAUGCAGCUUUGUAAAGAUAUAGAGAAACAUUUCGGCAAAAAGAUUCACUACCUCGACGCGGAAGACGCGGACGAAAUUGAGAAGAUAGGGGCUUAGGUUAAAACACUUAGCGAAAUAUAAGUACGCUUUUUACGAUAUGGAUAUAACGUAUAUAAGCUUAAUGUGAUAUUUUUUAAAGCGGACUCCUUUGUAUUUUGAAUAUGAAAUGAGAUAUUUCUUUCUUAACAAUGCUAUACUGGAAAAUCGUUUUCUUUUUUUCUCUUUUUUUUUCUAUCACUCUCACUCUUGUGCACACUCCUCUCCACUUUCUCUCUCUGUCUCUCUGUCUCUCUUUCACGGCUGCAUUUUGUACGUUUCUUUGAAAAUUGCGAUUGGACAAAUGGACGACAGAUACUGUAAAGGAUAAAGUUGAACAUAGGCGAAGACAUAUUUUUUUAUAUAUGUUUCACCAUAUGUAUCGACCUCGCACACAAGAAUAUAGGACAGACUGAUUUUUACUUGCAUUACGAACUUCGUUAUCUUCGUUUGCGCGAAGCAUAAUAUAGCGAUACCUUCUUCCGUCUGUGUAAUUUAUGACACGCUCUUGGCUGCUGUAUAAAAUAAUUAACGCGGCGAAUUGUGUUAAAACGUAUAGGCAGAAUUCUCUGAGUUUCCGUAUAUUAAUAUAGCAAUUUUACGGAAGUACACCACUGACUAUUUUCUUGCUACAUUCGUCCACGCAAAUAUUUGCGUUAAUCGUGUUAUCAUUUCUCUUUUUUUUUUCUUAUUUAAUAUAGGACUUCAUGAUCGUUAUGAAAAUAUCUACGUAUGUGGAAAUUCCCGUCUGAAUGAUCUGAUCAGCUUAAAUAUCUCUGAAUGUUUAUGGCUUCGGAAAACGAUAGUAGAUAGAAUAAUCGUUAAGCAUAAUAUUCUGAAAAUAUAAAUGUCGUUAGAUAUUCAAGAUGAUCACGUCUGAAUAGUCCAUUCUGUAUGUAAGUUGAUGAUGGUGAUAUAUUUUUUAUUUUGUAAUUCCUAUUGUACUCUGUACCGAGAACGUAUUUGUAUGCUCAUAUUUCACGUUUUGAUUUAUUUUAUAUAUAUAUAUAUAUAUAUAAAAUUAUCAAGAUGUUUUUAAAAACGGGUAGUGAAUAUCGUAACGGGAAUAUUUAUAUUCUAUUCUAAAAAUAAAAUUUUUACUCAUUACAAAUAACCCGUUUCAUUAUUUUCUUGCCGUAAUCUAGCUCGUAAGAUAAGUAUGAAAUAAAGAGGAAUUGUAAUUGAAACUCACACAUACACACACAUUUGUUCGGAUGAAAAAUAAAUCUAAUCAUUGCAAAAUUACGAAACAGUCUAAAUGAUUAACCUUUCACGACUGAUCAUUUUCAUCCUUAUACAUUAAAACACGUAUUUUCUAGUGUAACCUCGUCCUUGGCUCUCCAUCAUUUUACAUCAUCUCGCAAUCCAUCGACGUAAGAUCCAGAUUUCUCUCAAUAUAGACUCGUAAUGUGGGGAACGACGGACGGAUAAAAUAACUGAAGUUUAUUUAGAAAUCGUUACUGUAAUUGGUUAAUUACACACAUACUGUAACUCCAUCUGUAUAAACAUAUCAACAAGUUCAUUUUCCUACGCAGCGAUGCGUCCUUACAUUAAAUGCAUCUCCUAUUCGAGAUAUACCGGUCUGUACGCACUACAUACGUUUGGGUUUCCAAAUAAAAAUAAAAAAAAAGAAAAGAAAGAAAAAAAAA